AUGCCUUUGGAAAGAGAGGAACCUCAUCAUUUUGGUGCUGGUCCAGCACAAUUGCCUACUUCUGUUCUACAACAAGCAGCUAAGGAUCUUUUAAACUUUAAUAAUAUUGGAUUAGGUAUAGGUGAAAUCUCACAUCGUUCCAAGGAUGCCAAAAAAGUUAUCGAAGAUGCCAAGAAACAUUUGACAGAGUUGAUGGAGAUUCCAGAUACUCACGAGGUUUUUUUCUUGCAGGGUGGUGGUACCACUGGUUUCUCUUCCACGGCUUCUAACUUGGCUGCAGCUUAUGUGGGGAAGACUGGGGAAAUCGCACCAGCUGGAUACUUGGUGACUGGAUCUUGGUCUCAAAAAUCUUUCGAAGAAGCAAAGAGAUUGCACGUUCCAGCAGAGGUUAUCUUUAACUCAAAGGAUUACUACAAUGGUAAAUACGGGAGUAUUCCAGAUGAGUCUCAAUGGGCUGACAAGGUCAAGGGGAAGAAAUUUUCCUACGUCUACUUGUGUGAAAAUGAGACUGUGCACGGUGUCGAAUGGCCAAAAUUGCCAGAAUGUCUCACUUCUGAUCCUUCCAUCGAAGUUGUCGCCGAUUUGUCCAGUGAUAUUUUAUCAAGAAAGAUUGAUGUCUCUCAAUAUGGUAUGAUUCUAGCUGGUGCUCAGAAGAACAUCGGUUUGGCUGGUUUGACUCUUUAUAUCAUCAAGAAGACUAUUCUAGAGGAGAUCUCAAAGGCUUCUGAGGAUGAAUUACACAAAUUGGGGCUACCGAUCACACCAAUCGCUUUCCAUUAUCCAACAGUGGUUAAGAACGAUUCGGCUUACAACACUAUCCCUAUUUUUACAUUACAUGUCAUGGACCUUGUCUUCCAGCACCUUUUGAAAAAGGGCGGUGUACCAGCUCAGCAAGCUGAAAAUGAAGAAAAGGCCAGGCUACUGUACGGCGCUUUGGAUCAAUACUCUGACUUCUACAACAUCCCAGUGGAAAAGUCUUGUAGAUCAAAGAUGAACGUCGUUUUUACUUUGAAGAAAGAGGGACUUGAUGACAAAUUUUUGAAAGAAGCCGGUGAACAUAAAUUGACCGGUUUGAAAGGUCAUCGUUCUGUCGGUGGUUUCAGAGCUUCUAUUUACAAUGCAUUGUCAUUGGAAUCAGUUCAGAAACUUGUUGAAUUUGUCAAGGAAUUUGCAGAAAACAAUGCUUAG